AUGGCUCCGUCUUUUGCGUUCGCGUUCGCGAGUACCCUUCUCCUCCUUGGCAGACUCCCUGGCUCAGCCGCCGAAUUCAGGACCAGCUCUCGCGAUGAGAUUGUUGCAUCUUCCAACAAGCUCGCCAAGGACUUAUUCACCGUCUACGAGGGCGACCAGCCUGGCAAAAUCCCCGGCAUUCUCCCAGGGCCUCCCACCCCGAGCUCGGGCGGCUACUACUGGUACCACGGCGCCAGCUUCUUCCAGACCUAUGUCGACUACCAGCACCUGACCGGCGACGACUCCUUCCAAGACAGCAUCGUGAAGGCCUUGGCCUUCCAACUAGGCCCCAAUGCCAACUACAUGCCGCCUAACUGGACCGCGUCGAUGGGGAACGACGACCAGUGUUUCUGGGGCACGGCUGCGCUGCAAGCUGCGGAGUACCAAUUGCCGAGCGCGGAUGGCAAGCCCUCAUGGAUUGAGGUGGCCAAGAACGUUUGGGCGAAUCAGGCUUCGCCGGACCGAUACGACGAGACGUGCGGGGGCGGGCUGCGUUGGCAGAUAUUGAUGUCGAAUGCUGGGUAUAACUACAAGAAUACCAUGUCAAACGCGUGUUUCCUCAACAUGGGUGCCCGUCUCGCGAGGUAUACUGGCAACACGACCUAUGCUGAGCAUGCUGUGAAGGCGUGGGACUGGCUCGAAAGCGUUGGCUUCAUUGAGACCAAAACUUGGCAGAUAUACGACGGAGCCAAUGUGGACGACAACUGUACCAGCCCUGCGAAGUAUCAGUGGUCUCAGAACGCGGCUAUUCUCACAGAGGGUGCUGCGUUCAUGUACAACUUUACGAAUGGCUCCGAUGUUUGGCGUGACCGCGCCGAAAAACUUGCCGAGGCCAGCAUCAAGACAUUCUUCCCUAAGGGCAUCGCCUAUGAAGCCACCUGCGAAGGAACCAAGGGCAGCUGCCCGACCGACGCCAUGUUCAUGAAGGGCCAUGUCCAUCGAUGGCUCUCUGUCGCCACCCAGGUGGCCCCUUUCCUCUCAGAAAAGGUGCUUAUCGUCUUGAGGUCAUCAGCCCAGGCUGCGGCGAAGCAGUGUCAGGACAACUCCAAGGGCACGACGACCUGUGGUUUCUACUGGAGCGACGCCGAGUUUACCGACCCGCAGACUGUAGAUAACAAAACGGGCGGCAUCACUGGCGUCGGUGAAGGAACGAGCGUGCUGGGUGCGAUUUCGGGUCUGCUCAUCGGCGACGCCAAGGCGCCCGUGACUAACUGGACUGAGGGCAGCGGCGGCGCUUCCAUGCCUGAACCCACUACUAGUACUGGGUCUGGAGGCGGCACUCCAAGUGGAACGACCGGCUCACCGUCGCCGACGGAGUCGGAUUCACUGGCUGGGCAUUUUGGUGCCGACGUUCGCGCGUUGUUGUUGCCGGCUGUGUUGACGGUUUGCCUCCUGACUCUGUAA